AUGUCUUCACUACCUGUUGAGGAGGAGACCUCAUUCCUGAGAACUGAGGACUUCAUUUGCCUCAGCUGCUUCUCUCAUGGGAGCUCAGAAAGGCUGUGUUUGGCUGCCGAGGGAUUUGGGAAUAGGAUGUGUUCUUUAGAAAUCAUUUCAAGAGAAUCACCUCCACCAAAUAUGCCACCUUGCGUUUUUGUGCUGGAUCAAGCUCUUUCUGUUCGAGCACUUCAAGAAAUGCUUUCGAUAAAACAUCAAAGCCCAGACGGUGGUGGUCAAUCAGGUCAUAGAACCUUGCUUUAUGGACACGCCAUUCGACUGAAACACAGAGAGAGCAACAUGUAUCUCUCAUGUCUUUCGACAAGUACAUCACAGGAUAAAUUAGCUUUCGAUGUUGGUCUUCAACAAAAUGCUGAAACCGAGGCAUGCUGGUGGACAAUACAUCCAGCGUCGAAACAACGUUCAGUUGGAGAAAAAGUUCGUAUUGGAGAUGAUCUUAUUUUGGUCAGUGUAUCAUCAGAACGCUACUUGCAUGUUUAUGGAGAUAUCAAUUCAAAUCAUGGUGUAAUCGCCAGUUUUCAACAGACAUUAUGGACUGUACUUCCUGUAUCCAGUGGUGCAAUUAGACACAAAUCUAUGCAUAUGGUACUUGGUGGAGAUGUUGUUCGCCUAUUUCAUGGUGAUGAAUCUUUAACCGCUGCUUGUGCUGCUGAAUCAGAAGAAUUCGCACCAUCAGUUGCUAUAUCUGUCAAUGGAUCAGCUCCAGGCAGUCCACCAAAUAAGAUUCAACGUUCAAGUAUAGUGAAUACAGAUUUAUUAGCUGGAUCACGUCAUGCAGUAAUGUAUGAAAUUGGAGCUGUAUCAACUAGUGCACGUUCAUUAUGGCGGAUAGAACAUAAAAAAACAAAAUGGAGUGCUGGUUUCUUUUCAUGGGGUUGUGAAAUUCGCUUACGUCAUGUCACUACUGGUCGUUAUCUUGGUGUUCUGCCAAAUGAAGCUAAUGGUACUGGACAUUGUGAUGUAGUCACUCUGUCAGCGCAUGAAGCAACAAAUGCAGCAUCAAUAUUCUUGAUAAGACCUACAAAGGAUGAUAAAAAACGUUCAGAAGAACAUGAAACUGAAGGUAUGGGUGAACCAGAUUUAAGAUUAGGCGAAACGCUGACUUAUCUACAACACGCUGCAUCUGGUCGUUGGUUAUCCUAUGAAGCUUAUGAAACACGUAAACGUGGUGUUGGUCGAGUAGAAGAGAAAAAAGCUGUCCUACUCAUUGAAGGACAUAUGGAUGAUUUAUUUAGUUUAGUUAGAGCACAAGAUGAAGAAAUUCGUUCGGCGUCAGCUAUCCGUCGAUGUACCUCUGUAUUUAAUCAUUUUAUUCAUACACUGAAUUAUAUUUCAUCACCAUCACAGAGUAUGAAUUUACCAAUACAACAAAAUCAAUAUAAUUUAAGUAAUGGACAGUUAUUGGGUGAAGUGACUCAAUGCUUAGAAGAUUUAAUUGAAUUUUUUGCCCAACCAAAUCCACAUGAAGAACAUGAAAUUCAACAGUCGAAGUUAACUGCUUUAAGAAAUCGUCAAAAUUUAUUCCAGAACGAAGGUAUGAUAGGUCAUGUAUUGAGUACAAUAGAAAAAUUCACUGGAACAUUUCAAACACGUCGGGAAUUUUCACAAUCUGUUGGUGAAGAUAAAGCUGAACAAUUUGAUGAAUUAGGCAAUUAUUUAUAUUUAUUACUGGCUGCACUUAUACGUGGUAAUCGUGAAAAUUGUGCACAAUUUGCUACACCUACUCGAUUAGAUUGGUUAUUUAAUCGAUUAGAAUUACAACAAGGCUUUGCUGAAGGUGUGCUGGAUGCUUUACAUUGUGUACUGACUGAUAGUGAUGAAGCCUUGUAUUUAAUCACAGAAAGACAUAUACGCACUCUUAUUGGUCUACUGGAUAAACAAGGUCGUGAUCCAAGGGUACUUCAAGCCUUAUGCUCCUUGUGUUUAGGUCGUCAAGGUGGAGCAGUACGACUGAAUCAAGAAUUGAUCUAUGAAACUUUAUUACCGCAAAAAGAUUUAUUAUUACAAACAAAAUUAGUUGAUCAGUGUGGAUCAGUUCGACCAAAUAUAUUUGUUGGUUAUAAAGAUGGUGGAGCUAUGUAUCCAAAAUGGUAUUUUGAAGUAAUUAUUGAUUCACUUGAAACUGUUACUCAUCAACCAGCACAAAUUCGAGUUGGUUGGGCUAAUACCGAAGGUUAUAAUGCUCAUCCAUGUGGUGGACCUGGUUGGGGUGCUGCAGGACUCGGUGAUGAUUUGUUUAGUUAUGCAUUUGAUGGAAGUUGUUUAUGGGCUGGUGGUAAACCGAAACGUGCUACAAUUGGUACAGAUGAAAUGUCAAGCGAUGAAACAAUGCCUUCUGUACCAUUGAAACGUGGUGAUAUUAUUGGAUGUUUACUAGAUUUAACUGGACCUGUUAUACAGUUCAAUGUAAAUGGACGUUUAGUGAAAGGAUACUUUCAGGAUUUCAAUAUUACCGGUUUAUUCUAUCCGUGUAUGAGUAUGAAUGCAAAAGCAAGUGCAAGAUUUCUCCUAGGCUCAAAUCAAGGUCGUUUACAUCAUGGUCCACCGCCUGGUUAUUCUCCGAUAUGUUAUGCACGACAACCAGGACAACGUUUACGUCUUGAACCUGUAUUCACAUUUGGUCAACUUGAUAAAUCUGUAUUCACUGGUCCAUUGAAUUCACCAACACCACAACAAUAUGUUUUUGUACCAAAAACAGUGCGUACAUCACAUAUACAAUUACCAAAUUACGUGGAAAUUGUUCGUGAUAGAUUAGCAGAAAAUUUACAUGAAAUGUGGUCAAUGCGCAAAAUUGAUCAAGGCUGGAAAUAUGGUGAACGUCGUGAUGAUCAAAAUGGUUUACAUCCAUGCUUGACAACAUUUGAUAAACUUCCACCAUCUGAUAGACAAUACAAUGUAACACUUGCCUACGAAACAUUGAGAACAAUUGUUGGCUUAGGUUAUAAUAUCACCUAUGAACCAUUGCCUGAAGGCACGAGAAUGCGUACAAUGAAACUGUCAAACAGUUUCACUCAAUCGAAUGGUUAUAAACCUCAACCGCUUGAUCUAUCCCAGAUACGUUUAUCUAUACGUUUAGAGACAUUAGUUGACCAGUUGGCUGAGAAUACGCAUAAUAUGUGGGCACGUGAUCGCAUUGCAUUGGGUUGGACUUAUGGUUUUGUUGAGGAUAAUUCACAGAAACGAAGUCCACACUUAGUACCAUUCAGUGAGGUGGAUCCAAUUAUUCAGCAGUCGAACAAAGAUACAGCAAUUGAAACGGUGAAAACACUCCUAGCCUAUGGUUAUUCAUUGGAGCCUAUCAGUUCUGAAUCAUCGGAUGCAGGUCGUGGUAAUUCCAGUGCAGAUUAUUCAGGACCGACAAGAACUUAUCGUGGUCAAACCACAAGAGCAUUAACACGUGGUAAAUGGUAUUAUGAAGCAGAAAUACUCACGUCUGGUUUUGUGCGAGUUGGUUGGGCAAAGAAGAGUGCACCACCUGAUUUAAUCAUUGGUUCAAGUAAUAGUUCUUUCGCUUUUGCUGCACAUCAGGCUCGUAAAUGGCAUCGUAAUGGUACUGCUUAUGGUACAAUUUGUCAACCGGGUGAUGUAAUCGGUUGUAUGCUUGAUCUUAUAGACAAGACUAUUUCUUUUUCAUUGAAUGGUGAAUUAAUGAUGGAUCCAUUAGGUUUAGAGAUUGCAUUUAAGCAUAUCAAAGUGGAUGAAGGUUAUGUGCCAGCAUUCUCGCUUGGAUCUGGUCAACAAGUAAAAAUCAAUUAUGGCAAUGAUGUUCAAUCACUGAAAUUCUUUACCUAUUGCGGUCUACAAGAAGGAUAUAAACCAUUAGGAGUAAAUAUGUGUCGACCAUUACCUAUGUGGUAUUCUCGAGAAGAUCCAUCAUUAUUUGUCGAUAUCAGCCGACAACAUCCUUCAUUAAAAGUCAGCGUAUCUUCUGGAACGACUCCUACCUUCAAAGUAACUGUUAAACAAGCUGAUUAUAUGUCAUCUGACGAAACACAAUUCUUACGUUUAAGCUUGGGUACACGAUGUAAAGAUCAUUUUACAUCAAAGAGUUUGAAGGAUCGUCAUGCCCAUCUUGAUGCUUUGAGACGUCAACUUGAACCAGAACCGGUAUACACUCAAGUUCCUGGAGUAACAGAUUCCAGUAAUUUGGUUAUGAUGGCUCAGGAUAUGUCAGCUUCAUCACUGGAAGUUCGUGAUAGACGUGGAAAGAAAAUUCGACUCGGUAAUAUGUUUAAAAAGGCUAGAUCUAGAGAUCCAAGCCCAGAGGUUACAUCUACCUUAGGUGGAGGAGCUGGUGGUUCUUUAUUAAGUGGUGGUGGCAGUAGUCUUACCGGUGGUAAACGAGGCGGUCAACACGCCACAACUGGAUCUUUAGGCCCAACAAGUGUUGGUGCUGCUGGAGGUGGCCAAGGAACUGGAGGCUUUUCACCUGGUAUCACUGGUUCACAAUUACCUCAUGGUCAAAUGUCUCAACAUCCUGGCCAGCUUGAUCACAGCAUUCCUGGAAUGGUUGGUGGUCAAUUACAGAUGCAGCAUGCAGGAAUGCCAGCAUCAGGUGUUGCUCCUAGUGGUAUGAUGAAGAAUGCUAGAGCCGGUGCAACUAGCCCAGAUGAAAUUGAUUUAUUCUUGCCAACUUCUGGUGGGCAUACUAGUCCAUUAGCUAAUCUAGUCGACGAAUUCUCAUUCACAGUGUUAGUUCUACCUGGACAAGAUCCUGGUCUAGUACAUAUUGGUUGGGUGACAAGUUAUUUUAAAUUGACAAAAACAAAUCCAGCGGAUUAUCUGAGUGGAUUUCCACAUCCAUCGUCAGCCUCUUCAUUAUCACCUCAUUCACAAGGACAUUAUGACGCAGCACCAGGACAACCGCAUGGUCUAUCUAGUCAUCAACACUCUAUGCUUGGUGAUACUAGCGGCGGUGGUAUAGCAUCACCGCAUGUUGUCGAUUUAUUCACUGUUCGUCAAGCAGCUGUAUGCCUCCUAGAAUCGGAUUUAACAUUAAAGUCCGCUGUUGCUGAACGUGCAUCAUUUAUGGUCAAUCUUGGACAACUGCUGAAUCAAAUGGCUACUCCAGAAGAUUUAGGCAAACGAAUGAGUCAAGGUUUAUCCUUAACAUGUUGGGUUGAUAUAGCAACUGGUACACUAGGAUUUGAUUUAAAUGGUCGUGACAGUGGGAUAAGAUUUCAGGUUGAACCAUCUACACGUCUGUUUGCUGCUGUUUUCUAUCGACCAACUGUUAAAGAAGCAAUACAUUUUGAAUUUAGUCGACGUAAUCGUUAUACCCUACCGAUAACAGCAAGUAUGCUACGACCGCCUAGACAUGCAUUGACUGUUCUACCGCAUCGUUUAAGAGUUCAAGCAUUAGAGCGUGUUCAUUGGGCACGUGUACCACCUAAAGCUAUUAAAAUGCAUAGUAUGAAAAUAAGUGAACUACGCGGUUGGAGUACAGUUAUUGAAUAUCCAGUCUCUGAAAUUGUUGUACGAUUACCAGAAUCGGAUCGAUGCUUUACAGCACUUGAAUUAGAUGAAAUGCCUGAAUUAUUAAAGUUUCACUCAUACACUCUGGAACUUUAUCGUGCCUUAUGUUGUCAUGCUAAUCAUAAUGUGGCACAAUAUUUAACUAAUCAUGUUGAUCAACAUCAAUUACUGCAUGUGAUAACAGCUUCGGAUAUGCCUGGACCAUUACGUUCUGGUUUUAUUGAUUUAAUGCUUGUGAUGCAUAUAAGUAGUCAUGUGAAAUUGAAACAAGUCACCGGUAGAGAAUUCAUCGUACCAAUGUUUAAAACUGAAAGAAAACAAAAGAAUAUAUUUGAUUUUGAUGAACAACCAACUGAUGGAGGUUAUACUGGUGAAUUAGGCAGUGCGAGUGGUCGAGGAGAUGAUUACAAUGGAGGUGUAGUGAUUGGUGAUGUUGAACAACAAGAAGAAGAGGACGAAUAUGAUUUAGAUAAAAUUCCAGCUGUUGGUGAACAUGUUAGUAUUCGUCCAGAAUUGAAAACUGAUCCACAUUUACUUAUUCCUGGUGCAGAUGGCACAGGUAGUGUACCGAUACCGAUAGCUGAGAAAUCAAAAGAUGAUAAUGCUAUGACAGCUGCAUUGAAUAUAGCUGGACCAAAUGGUCUGUUGAAGUUAGCCGAUUGUCCAUUAUUCCCAUUGACCAAAUUGAAAUCAGUCUGUUUAAAUUGUCUAGUGGAUAGUGUCUACAAAGGUGGAAGUAUACGUGAUCCAGCCGGUGGCAACUUUGAACAUCUUUUAUUACCACUUAUAAAAACUAUCAACUGUCUACUUGUAAUGGGUACAUUAGAUUCAAAAGAAAUUAAUAUACUAUUAGCAUUGCUGGAUCCUGAAUCAUUUAAGAUAUCACCACCACUAAGAGGUGAUUCAGCCUGUGAAAGUUUAUUGGAAUUUCCUUUACCAGAAAGUGUUAAGCUAGAAAUAUGUCGUCUAUUACAAAAUCUGUGUGAUUUACAGCUGCGUAAUCGAGUUGAACAAGUUGUAAGAUUUGCCAGCAAAUUUGUACGUGCUUUACAAGAGGAUCAAAAUGCUCGAUAUAUGGCUAUCAAAAAAUCCAAUCUGCCAUCUUCAGUAGCAGCAAGACGAACAAGAGAAUUCCGUUGUCCAGCUUUUGUACAAAUGCGUAGUCUUUUACAAAUAUCUGGACCAGGUGGACCAACAGGUCGAUUGGAAGAUGAACUGACAACUGAACCACCGUCAGUUGAAUCAGUUUCUGCUGAAGAUGAAUUCGAUGAUGAAAUGGAAGCAGUGGAAACAAAUCGAUGCGCGGAGGAAGUUAAGGAAAUGCUGAGAAGUUUUCAUAAAUUACUUUGUGAUAAGUUAGGCGUAAUGUUACCAGAGAAUAUUAAAAAUAAAUAUGGUAAUAAGUAUGAUGGUGAUGCAUCAACAGACAGCAAUCGAUUUGCUGAAUCCAAUCUGAAUAUUCCCCUACUCACGCAUCCAUCAGAUACGCUUAGUCUGGCUUCAUUUGGUCCUGCCUAUCCAUCAGAUGAAUUACAAGCCGCCUUAGCACAAAUCCCUUUGAUACCACCAGAUAUGGGUCAUCCAGAAGAAGGAUCCGGUACACCACCAUGGAUAUUAAGAUUUCUUUGGAGCCUAAUUGUACGUAAACCGACAUUGAAAGAAACCAGUAUUGAAGUGAAUAGUAAUGAAAAGAAUGAAUCUACAGCGAUCAGUCAAUUUGAGCGAUCAGGAAAACGUUCAUUGGAUGGUUUAAUAGUUUAUACAAUUGUUAAAUGGGCAAAUGAAGGUUUCAUUGAAAGUUUAGAAUUAAUCAGAGAAAUGUUCUCAGCUCUACAUCGUCAAUACAAUGCUAUUGAAGAGUUGAGAGAUGCACUUGCGAAGACUUAUGUUAUAAGCGGUUCAUCACAGGAUGAAGUAUCUCGUCUAUUACGUUCACUUGGUCGUGUGCGAUGUCUACUUGGCGUUCAGUUAGGAUCGAAUGAAGAAGUUCUAUUAAAGAAUUGUUUAUGGGAUCUAAUGAAUAAUAAGGUAUUCUUUCAACAUCCUGAUUUAACUCGGUGCUUAGCUGUACACGAGACAGUUAUGCAAUUAAUGGUACAGACAUUGACUAAAGCAAGUUUUGAACAGCCGGGUUCAAGUGGUGCUACUGGUGGUACUACUUCUAAUACUACCGCCAAUAAAGAUGCUGGUGUACAUUCAUCCAGUCAUGCAUUAACAACUGAUAUUACACUGACUGGUGUAACUGGAGCCUCCUUGCCUGUUCUACAUGAAGAAGGUUUAGGCGCUGAUCCAAGUCAUGGAACACAACAGUCACAUCAACAGCAACAGCAGCAACAACGUGGUUCAGCUGGUCCAACUGAAAUGGUUGUACAAUGUUGUCGAUUUCUAUGCUACUUUUGUCGGACAUCAAGAGAUAAUCAGAAAGCAAUGUUUGAACAUCUUAGUUAUAUGCUGGAGAAUUCAUCUAUGCUACUUGCUCGUCCAAGUCUUCGUGGUACAUGUCCCCUGGAUGUGGCUUAUUCAUCUUUAAUGGAUAAUAAUGAAUUGGCGCUAGCUUUACGUGAGAAACAAUUAGAAAAGGUUGCUAUUUAUUUAUCACGUUGUGGUGUUCAGUCAAAUGCUGAACUGUUAGCAAAAGGUUAUCCUGAUAUUGGAUGGGAUCCCGUGGAAGGAGAACGUUUUCUUGAUUUUCUACGCUUUACUGUUUGGGUGAAUGGAGAAACUGUUGAAGAAAAUGCCAAUCUAGUUGUCCGUCUGUUAAUUCGUCGACCAGAAUGUUUAGGUCCAGCACUUCGUGGUGGAUCUAAAGUGAUUAAACCAUCAGCUGGAAAUACAGGUGUAGAUGGUUUAGAAGUACCACCUGGUGGUCCAGAUGGAUUAGCUACUGCGACAAGAGGAUCAACUGGCCAGCUGUACAAUGAUUCCGACGGGCAACCUGCUUCAACUGGUGGUGGUCUGCUAAAAGCAAUGAAAGAAGGUCUGGUUAUGUCAGCGCAGAUUAAAUUAGUUAAAAUGGCUCAAGAGGCUGAAGCAGCAGGUCUAAAUCCAGAAGAAGAAGACUUGGGCUGGCGUACUGUACUGAUGGAUUAUGAAGAUGCUAAUCUAUUUACACCACUGCCGUAUAAUUUCGAAUGUUUACCACCUGAAGAUGAUCCCGACUACAUUGAUUUAGGCGCUGCAAUAUUAACGUUUCAUUCAAUUCUAGUUAAUCUCUUGGGCUAUUGUGCACCGGAUAUGGAGACAACAAAAAGUGAAUCAUUACGCGCUAGAUCAAUCCUCCAGUCGCUUGUCAGCAUGGCUGAUUUAGAAGGUGUCUUAUCAUUGCGGUUUAUUCUGCCACCACCAAAACUUGAAGUACAAACUAAUGAAGACGGUGAAGACGAAUGGGUAGAUAAAGCUGGUAUGCCGCCUGGUUUGUUACCAGAGCAUAAAGCAUCUGUUGUGCUAUUCUUAGAACGUGUAUACGGCAUUUCAGAUGCUGCAACAUUUCUCCGCCUACUAGAAAACGGCUUCCUACCAGAUUUACGUGCAGCAACUUUACUUGAUUCAGCUGUUGUUCCAGACAGUGAUAUGGCUUUAGCUUUAAAUCGUUAUUUAUGCAACAGUGUACUACCAUUACUGACACGGCAUACUCAAUAUCUUGGUGAAGAAGGUACAGCUGGAGGAUUAUUUGAAGCUACCCUGCAAACUGCUUAUCGUUUAUCAAAAUGUCGUUCAAUAACUAAUCAUCAACGUGAAGUAGUCUGUGAUUUCUUAGUAGCUUUAAUGCAACAAAUUCGACCAUCUAUGAUGUCCGCGUUAUUAAAGAAAAUGGUCUCUGAUUUACGUAUAUUAUCAAGAGAAUCUGUUGUAUCACUUCGUGUACUGACAGAAUUCUAUCAGCGUUGUGGCACAUAUUAUAGUUCAGAUGGAUGGACAAAUGAAACUGGGCAUAGUGGAACUGCAGCGGCUGCUGGUAAUUCUGUCAGCGAUGAAUUUGCUGCCCACCAUGGUGGUGGUGGUGGUGGCGGUGGUGGUUCAGAAAACGCUGCCGCUCAUACUGGAGAUGGUGAAACAACAGCGAGUGAAGAAGAACGCAGUAUAACUGCUCAUCUAUUCAUAUUAAUCUUUGAAAAAUUAUCUAGACAACCAUAUGAGCCGGAAUUAUUUUCAUAUGCAUUGCCGUGUUUAUGUUCAAUAGCUUGUGCACUGCCACCAGAUUAUUCAAUCAGUCAGUUGAAUGCCAUGGAACAACAACAACAACAAAGUGAUGGUUUUGUUCAAAAUGUCGGACAAUCAGUAUUCCCUGGUCAAAUGAAUUCUUUACUAGUUCCUGGAGGUUCUAGACAAGAUGCAAAUGAUCCAACUGAUGAAAUGAUUCAUCAUGAUGUAUUUCGACCUCAGCCAAUUGAUACAUCUCAGGUUCGUCUACCAGUAGCAUUAAAUAGUUUAAUUGAACGUUUUGCUGAACACUGUCAUGAUUCAUGGGCAUUGGAUUUAAUUGAACAAGGUUAUACAUUUGGUUCACAAGUUGAUGAAACACGAAGAACUCAUCCAAAUCUACGCAGUUUUAGUCAGUUACCACCACAGGAACAAAUGAGAUAUAUUCAUCCAGUGACUGAUACAUUGAAAGCAAUGUUAUCUUGUGGUUGGUCAGUUGACAGUGAUGAAAAUCGUUAUCGUGAUGCAUCUGGGGAUACAAAACACUUACGUCGACCAACUAUUACGAGUGAUAAUCUAAUGAAUUAUAAUCCAAGUCCUAAGGAUUUACGUGGUGUCAAUGUCACCAAAGAAAUGUUGAAUAUGGCUGAACGCCUAGCUGAUAAUGCACAUAAUAUAUGGGCUAGACAAAAAAUGAGUGAAUUAGAAGCUAUAGGUGGUGGAGUACAUCAACUCCUUGUACCCUAUGAUAUAUUGACUGAUAAUGAACGUAAAAGAUAUCGACGUUUAACGCAUGAGCUAAUUAAAUAUCUACAGUAUAAUGGUUAUCGAUUAACAGUUCGUGCUGGUUCUGGUUCACCGAAUGCAACUACACCGAAUGGAACAGGCGCUGGAAGUACACGAUUACACGAUGGAAGAAACUCAUUGCCUACAUCACGUUUUGCCUAUGGACUUCUCAAUAAACUUUUGGAUUAUGUUGACUCCGCAAUGUCAUCCGUUCGUGAACCAAUGCCAAGUAGUCGUUAUAGUACUAGUCGUUCAUGGUUAAGUUCAAGUCAAGAUAUGAAAUUUUUUGUCAAAGUUGUUCUCCCACUAGUGGAACGUUAUUUUGAAACUCAACAUUCAUACUUCUUAGAUCCAGUAGCUGGUGCAUCAAUUGAAGAGAAGAAAAUGGCUGCCACCUUAUUCUGUAAACUCUUUUCAUUACUUCGUAUAAAGUUGAAUGCAUUUGGGCAUGAUGUGAAAAUUGCUGUAUCUUGUCUUCAAGGUUUAGUACAAACAAUCGAUGUUAAAGCUAUCUUAAAAAUGGGUACAGCAGAAGAUUUUGUACGGAGUCGUAUUCUUCCAUUUUUUGUUAAUGCUGCCGAUGAUUUAUGCGUAGUAAUACGUAAUCUUGAUGCUGGUCGUUAUUCACAUGUGAAGGGUACAAUUAAACGUGGUGCAUGUUCAAUUGACUAUGUACACAUGGUGCUAUUACCAGUGUUGAAAUCAAUGUUUGAACAUUUGGGCAAAUAUGAAUGCGGUGAAUACCUGUUAGUGGGUAAUGUUCAAGUAACAUGUUAUAGAAUACUGAAUGCUCUGUACAAGUUGGGAACUACAGCAUCAAAACAUGCGAAUCGGCAAAGUUUUGUGGAUGAAUUAAAUAGGCAUCGAGCGUUAGUCGGUGAAUGUUUAGCUGCUCUGGCAUCUGCAUUUCCUGUUGCUUUUCUUGAGCCUACUUUAAGCCGUAAUAACCCGCUUUCAAUUACAUUCAAUAAUCGUGGUGGUGAUUAUAGUCUUGAGGCUAGAGAUGUUCUUGAACAACUAUCCAAAACAACCGGAAAUUUACAAAGUAUUAUUGAACAAGUUGAACGUUUAGCUGAAGCUGGAGCCCUUGGUGCUGCUGAAGCACCACAUCUUAUCGAAGUUACACUACCUAUGCUUUGCUCUUAUCUUCCAAAUUGGUGGCGUAAAGGACCUGAAUGUAUGGCAGUGAAAACAUGUAUGGAUGGUUCAGCCGAAGGUGAAUUGGGUCAAGAGACUGGCGCGACAAAUAUUAUACCAAAAACAAAACAAAAUAAUAUUUUAGCUGGAGCAAUUGGACCAUUGACAACAGUCACAGCUGAUUUAAUGAAUCGUGUACUUGGUAGUGUGUUGCAGCUAAUUCAAACAAAUAUUGAUUCACAACAUGCACCAUGGAUGACUAGAAUUGCUACACGUACCCAGCCAAUUGUAGCUAAUUCAACAGCUGAUAUGCUUGGUCAAUACUUUCUACCCGUAUCUGAACGACUUCUUGAACAUGCAUUAAUUGUUGAAAGAGUUGAAGAAGCCUAUCGAAUGGAGAAACGUGCAGGUUCUGAAACUGUUGGUGAACGUGAAGAAGAACUCUCCUGUUUGGUUGAAAUUCUUGUACGCAAUUUAUUUGCAUUUUAUCCUCUAUUAAUUAAAUUUGUUGAUCGUCAUCGUAGUGCAUGGUUGAAAAAGCCAACAAAUGAAACACAACGUUUAUUCACAGCUGUUGCACGAAUGUUUCUUGUCUGGGCAAGAGCAACGAAAUUUAAACGAGAAGAAGAGAAUUUUGUUAGUGCCCAUGAAAUUGACCACUUGUCAUUGAUUGUACCAAGUGGUGGAAGUUUAGCCCCAAGUAUUAAUCGUAGUCGAACUCAAACAAAUGGUCGUAGUGAAUCAAGCAGUUUGAAACCAGGUAAAAAGGCUAAAAUUGGUCCGCAUACAAGUUUAACCGUGGCCUGUAUUAAACGUCUUCUACCUGUUGGUCUGAGUCAACUUGGUGGACGUGAACAAGAACUUGUGCUAUGCGCAAAAAGGAAACUGAUUAGAGAAACACUUAGUUUAACUGGUGAAAGAGGUUUGGAGCAUACAAUGCAGCGAGAAAGUGAUGCCAUUAUUGAAGCUUAUCUAAAUGAUGCUUUGGAUCAAGGAGGAGAUAUUGAUCAUAGAACUCAAAAGUGGCAAAAGUUAUUAUAUCGAAAAAUUGAUCAGACAAUAGCGAUAACUGGUCGACACGCUGAACUAGCUGCAUCCAGUCGAUCAGAAAUGGUUGAUCGAAUUUUAAUCCUGUCUAAAGUGAUGCAUGGUUUGUAUUUGGUUGAUCAUCCACCGGCAGUAACUAAAGGUGCUUGGAAAAAAUUAGUUUCAUCCCAACGUAAACGUGCUGUUAUGGCAUGCUUUCGCAUGGUUCCACUCUAUGCAAUGCCAACUCAUCGUGUAAUGAAUUUAUUCCUAAAAGGCUACAUUACUGAAUGGUUAGAUUAUGAAGAAUCAUUAGGUGUUAAAUUAAUUGAAGAUGUAACUAGUGGUGCAUUAUUAAAAGAUUUAUCAAAAUCAUAUGAUCCAUCUUCAUCAUCAUCAUCGCCAUCGGCAGCAGCAGGAGUAGCAGGAACAAUGAUAACAAGUGGUACUGGGGAAUGUUCCCCUGGCAGUGCUACACAUCCUACUGAAACUGGUCAAAAGAGUUCAGAAGCUGAGUCUGGUGGAACACAUGAUGCGUCUAUGAUGGAUUCAACUCUGGAAUUAGAAGUAUCAGCUCAUUCACAUGAUCCUGGAUUAUCUAUGACUUCAGAGGUUAAAAAAUCGGCUAGUCUACAGGCGAAACCAUUACCAGUCAAUCAAUACGUCUAUGGACAAGAUUCUGCAACAUCGAAACCUGAUCCAUUAACUCAACUAUUGACAGCUUUAUGUCGUUCAGCCUCUGAACAAGCACCAGAUGAUCCACUCUAUUUAGCUUAUGCUAAGAUUAUGGGAAAGAGUUGUAGUGGUGAAGAUGAAGACGAGGAUGAAGAGAAUGCUAAUGAAGAAGGUUCCAGUUUCCAAGAACAAGAAGAACAAAAACAACAAUUGUUGAGUGAACAAAAUCGUCUUGCAGAACGUGGUGCAGCUGAAAUGGUUCUACUACAGUUAGCUGCAUCAAAAGGCGAGUCUACACCAGUUGCUCAGGCAAGUAUUGAAUUGGGCAUAGCUUUACUACUUGGUGGAAAUGUUGAUGUACAAGGACGUAUGUUAGACUAUUUAAUGAGGAAAAAGUUAUCCGGUUUCUUUACAAGUUUAGCUGGUCUUACACAAAAAUGCUCAGUAUUAGAUUUGGAUACAUUUGAAAGAUGCAAUAAAGCUGAAGGCUUAGCUGUUGGUCUGUCUGAUAUGGAAGGUAUAACAAACUUAUACGAUGCUGAUUUCACCUGUAAAAUUUUCCGAUUUUUACAACUACUCUGUGAAGGACAUAAUCUAGCUUUUCAAGAUUAUUUACGUACACAAGCGGGGAAUACAGUUUCAGUGAAUUUAAUUAUAUCAACCGUCGAUUAUCUGUUACGUUUACAAGAAUCUAUUAUGGAUUUCUAUUGGCAUUAUUCAAAUAAAGAGACAAUAGAUGAAGCUGGUAAAAGUAGUUUUGUCCGAGCAAUUAAAAUUGGUAAACAAGUAUUUCGUAGUUUAACUGAAUAUAUACAAGGUCCAUGUAUUGGUAAUCAAUUAGCCCUGGCGCAUAGUCGUCUAUGGGAUGCUGUAGCUGGUUUUAUUUAUGUCUCAGCACAAAUGCAAGACAAGCUGAGUCGUGAUCCAGAUCAACUAGAUUUAUUAAGAGAAUUUCUUAAUCUACAAAAAGAAUUAAUGAUUAUGUUAUUGUCUAUGCUUGAAGGGAAUGUUGUUAAUGGACCAAUUGCUAAACAGAUGGUUGACACGUUAACUGAAUCAUCAGCUAAUGUUGAGAUGAUUCUUAAAUUUUUCGACAUCUUCCUUCGAAUGAAGGUGAUCACCACUUCUGAAGCAUUUUUAGCUUUCGAUGUAAAUGGUGAUGGUUGGAUUUCCCAUAGAGAAUUUCGUCUAGCCUUAGAACAACAGAAAACGUAUACACCAGAAGAAAUUAGUUAUAUCAUUGCUUGUGUCGAUAAUAAUGCAGACGGAAAAGUUGAUUUUAAAGAAUUCACUGAAAGAUUUUAUAAUCCAGCUGAAGAUAUUGGCUUUAAUUUAGCCCUAUUGUUAACUAAUCUAUCAGAACAUGUACCAUUCGAUCCAAGACUGGAAAGAUUAAUUGAAAAAGCUCGUGGCGUUUUAGACGUCUUUGAACCUCAUUUAGGUCGUAUAGAAAUUACUGGCUCAAAUGGUCGUAUUGAACGUGUCUACUUUGAAAUACGUCAACAGCAUAUUGAUCAAUGGGAAGCACCACAGAUUAAAGAAUCAAAAAGAUCCUUUUUACAUGCUGUUGUCGGUGAAAGUGGUGAUAAAGAGAAGUUGGAGUGUUUUGUCAACUUUUGUGAAGAUACAAUCUUUGAAAUGCAACAUGCUCAAUCGAUUAGUGGAGAUGAGGCGGAUAUAGCUUUGAAUCGC